AUGAUAAAAGAUUAGAGUUUUGAUACCAAUGUUUCUAUCAAUUCAGAUGAGGAAAUUAAACAAAUUGAAAUCCACCCCUUUGACCCUUACAUCUAAUACUACCAUCAUAAUAAUACUUAAAUAAAUAUAUAAAACGAAAAAGCUAAUUAGCCUGCACCCUCUCCUAAAUACAAAUUUAUGGGAGCUAGCUAUAGCAACGACGAAUCAACCUAAUCACAAUCGGUGUAAACCAAUUUGGAGAUAAGUAAAUUGCAAGAACAAUGCAUCUCCUAAUGUACUAUAGAUGUUCUCAAAAGUGUUGACGCGUAUCUAGAUAUUCGAAGUAAGUUGGACAACUAUCACGUUGAAGUUGUUAGUAUGUAAGCAAUAAAAAUGAACAUGCUUAAAAACAAAAAUGUUGUUCAUAAUCAUCAUAUACACCAGACGAAAACUCGAAACAAUAGAAAUACGACUUCUAAUGUUAGAAGUCUAUCUCCUUAAGGAAUACUGAAGAAAAGUUCUUUUGAAGGGCUCUUUAAUAAAAAUUUAUUUAAUUUAUAGUAUAAUCAGAAUUCGAACAAGAAGGUUUCGUUCGAGUUCACUAAAGAGUAAGUCAGGAGUAUGAAGAGAAUUAAUGUUUCGAAUGUCCUUAUCAACAAAUAGAGCAGAAUAUUUUUAAAUUGA